AUGCCCUCACCGACUACCGUCCCCCGACCCCUUUGGAUUGAGCCGCGCCCCAAAACUACAUCCCCUUUUCGGCCCUCGGAGAGAAGCGCCAAUUCGAGUGACACGGCUACCAACACAGCAAUCCAAGAGCACUUUAAUGCUCUCUUUCAGCCAUAUGUCGAGACUAUUAAAGCAGUUGAAGAAAUUACACUGGAUGAAUGGCUGAGAGCAGCCAUCUGGUGGGCAAUUCAAGGGAGAGCUGCUCUAAUGCGUGCCCAAGCCUCGGGUGGAUCAAACUUUGUGCCGGGAGAAGAAGAAGAUUUUUUCUCAGCAGAUGGAGGGCAAGGGGUGACUGACCUUGGUAAAGCCUGGUGGAUCUGCCAUGAAAUAAUCGAUCAAGACGAUUUCAAAAUCAUGGCCCACGACCCUCGCGUCAAAACUACUCCCCGAGGUGCUCUGCUCGAUCAGUACCGCUGCGUCCUUCGGUAUCUGCGCCCGUACAAGCAGCGGUUAGAAGCUGCACUUCUAGGAGGCACGGGCUUGGCUUCUUUACUUGACAUUGACAGAUCUCUUUGGGUUUCCUACCCACCAGUCACGGCCUACGAUGCAGCCAUUCUUGACGAUCAACGACUGGCAGCAUGGAGCAUUCCCCUCGCAUAUGGCGACACUGACGACCUCUUCUGCUACGGCAGCGAGUUCGUCCAUGUUACACUUUUUGCACAGGAGGAAUACUCACUUGCACAUACCUUUCCUUGUAUGUUGUCAAUUGUCAGAACUCGGUCCAGCUGGCAAACCUUGGGUGUGAUCGCUAGCCAAACACCCUUGGUUCACACCACCAUUCAAUCCGAUCGGAAACAAGGGCCAACAUGGAAGUCCAUCGAAUGGGAUGUGAGCAGACUGUCGAUGCUCGUCAAGCUUCGUCAUGGUCUACUUUUGGAAGUCAAAUUUGCUGAGGACAACUUCAAACACAUCUGGGAAAUGGUCAAUCAUCUUGUCUUAGCUGACAAAGACAUGGUUGCUGGGGAGGACGAGGAGAUUGUCUUCGACGAUGCUAUCAAGUCUUGUCAUUAUAUCAACCAUGACAAGCCUAUCGAGUUUCCAGCAAAGCCAAUCGGCCAAUGCCGCGUCCGCCUGUUGAAGAAAACAGGCACAGUGACUACAGGACCCAACAGUCGUCGAGCUCACCGUGGACUCCGCCUCUUUAUCUCGACACCUCCACACAUGAAGAAAAUGCACCAGGUAUCUCACACUCUCGGAAACAGCACCCCUGUGCUGUAUACACUCUUGGACGCAGGGGAUGGCUCUCCCGGCCUGUUCCUGCAGAUCUUCGAAGACGGUCAAAUGCGUUCGGUCUUCCUAUACUUUGAUCACCCCGAGUCGCGCACUUUAUUGCACUCGCUGCUCGUCGACAUAGUUCCCAGCCCCGGUGAAACGUCCCCCAAAACAUACCCGAUCACCUCAUACGUAAUCCUAGAGCGUCAACCCCGAGAGUCAGGAGGUCAGGGCGCGCGGCAUCUUGAGUUCGGAGAGAGUCUGGCGUCAGUGAUCGAGCAGGCACACGAGCCGGACACCACGAUAAACCCAUACGGCAAAACCAUCCUGUCAGAGAGCCUGCGAGUUGUGGUUGAAUCCGACUGGGGUUCGAUUACAGAUCGCAUCAACAUAGGACCGGGACAGUUAGCCAUCGGACUAUCAGUCUUGGACAACACCAUCCUCCACCUCCAUCGAUUACCCCAGGAGGACCUCACUAUGACUAUCGCUCGAGGGCUUGCCAGCAGCGACCUCGAAGCCAAGGUCUCUGAUGUGCUCGAAGCGGUUCAACACAAACCCACGAUACGAAGAAUCAAAUUCGAAUCCCUCCCUGACCUGCAAAAAUUCCAAGAAUCCAUCACAGGCUUCAAAGUCAUCUUUGAUACUGUCGCAACCCACUUCUACAUCUCCCGACGCCGCAAACUCAUCUCCACCAUGAAACACUGGGACGCCAACAUCACACGCAUCCAAGUCGUGCAACGCGGCACGAAGAUACAAAUCGUCGCCUUCUUCCACCAGUUCCGACUGUGGAAGUGCGUCAGCUUCGGGGUGAAAAACAUGGACGAGUUCGAAAGGCUGGAUCAGAGAGGCGAAUGGGGAGUCCGAAUAAAAGAAGCAAAGUAUGCUGCGCCGGUGGCAGAUCCAGAGGUCUCUUGGUAUGGGUUUGUCUGUUUGGACGAGAUGGAGUAUCCGACUGAGCAUGAUGAUAUGGUGGUUAUGUUUGGGCAGCCGACAGGUUAG